UCAACAACGCAACAGUUGGUCCUUCGCUUCGGAUCGGAUCCAAACGCAGAUACGUCUCGCGCUUCUUGCUCGUCUGGCCGAGCUUUGUGUACUCGUGAUGUGUCGUUUUUAACCUAACUUUUUUGUUUACAUUCGUCGAUUUUCACAGUUACAGUGGUGUUUUCCCCUAGUAUGCCGAGUAGGGGUCUGCACAAAUGUCUCGAGAUGGUGAACAGGUGAUUUUUAUAGUGGAAAACGACAAAAUGCACUUUAGAAAUCGGAAAUUGUUACAGACACUGACAGUGGCAGUUUUAUUGGCUUAUACUAUUUUGUUGGUUUACCAGAGCUUUUCCACUGGAGUGAUAAGCCAUGAGAAUAUUGAACUCCACCCAAACGAUGAAAAAAUAAAGAGCUUCAGGCAACGUCUGCAGAGGCAUUUGUCUCGGGACCAGUUAGGCGACAGCGAUCAUCUUCAAAAUUUGGAAAAUCCUGCUACUAUUUCGCCAAAUCUGAGUCCAGGAGAAGUGACCCAAGUGACCAUGAGACCUUUCACGACGUCAUUGAACGAUUUGUUCAUCAGUGUGAAAACCACCAAGCAUUUCCACAAGGAAAGAUUGCCCAUAAUCUUGAAGACAUGGUUUCAACUCGCCAAAGAUGUGACAUGGUUCUUUACCGAUACGAACGAUGAAGAAUUUCACAAAAUGACUAAUGGUCACAUGAUCAACACUAACUGCUCGUCUUCACACAGCCGGAAGGCCCUAUGUUGCAAGAUGUCCGUGGAGUUUGAUACGUUCAUCGAGACGGACAAGAAAUGGUUUUGUCAUUUCGACGACGACAACUACGUCAACAUUCCACGUCUAGUCGACUUCCUAAGUGAUUACAAUCCGAGGGAAGAUUGGUAUCUGGGAAAGCCCAGCAUACAGGCACCCCUAGAGAUAAUCAACAAGGAUAAAAGUUCGCAAAAAGUCAAGUUCUGGUUCGCCACAGGAGGUGCCGGGUUCUGCCUCAGCAAAGCGCUGGCUCUCAAGAUGAUGCCCGUUGCCAGCGGAGGCAAGUUCAUCAGCACAGGCGAGAAGAUUAGACUACCGGACGACGUCACGAUGGGGUACAUAAUCGAGCAUCUACUCAAGAAACCCUUGACAGUCGUGGACCAGUUUCAUUCGCAUCUAGAGCCGAUGAAAUUCAUCAGGAGGGACAUGCUCAAAGAUCAGAUUUCCUUCAGUUACUCCAAGAAUAAGGAGGAAUGGAACGUUGUGAAGAUCGAAGGGUUUGAUGCAAAAUAUGACACAAACAGGUUUCUCUCCCUGCAUUGUUUCCUGUUUCCAGAGACCCGGUUCUGCCCCAGAUGAUCCCAAAAACCUUUGGAACGGAACCGCACGACUUUCAAGUUUCUCGGGACAAGUUCGACAAAGGGUCAUCAACAAACUGCGACCAUUGGACCAUUGUGGGCCGAAAGAACGGCAAUCAUGGACGAUGAAUCGUCUAAACGGAUCGAGAGUCAAAAUAAGAUGCUUCACGCUCUGGGGCGUCAUUUUUAGACGAUUAAACCGAGAAAUGGACACGUGCACCAGCGGCUUCGAUUCCUGCGAAUCAUCUUUGUUAUCUGUGAUUUUGUAUAUAGGCGAUGGAUAGUUGUGUAACAUUUCAUUAGAGUUUUUAAGAGGAUUAACUGUACCGUCUUUAAUAACCAAUUAACUAGUCUGGUAGGAUGAAAAACGUUGUCGUGUUUUUCAAACAGGAUUUUGGGAAUUUGUGGGACUGAAGAAAAUGCGUGAAGGAUUGGAAUUUGGGUUUCUUUCAAGAAGACGACUCCUGAGGCUUGGUAAAUGCUGAACAAUAGUUGAGGAUAUAAAACAACGUUAGCAGUGCUAUAUCAGUAAAUGCCACUCAUCAUAUUUCAGCCAGAAUUAAAAUUUAAAGCAAUUUCAUAUCUGACACGUAUUAAGGCGUUUCAUCAUUUUUUGAAGAACUUAAAAUAGCCUGUCUGCCUUAUACAGGGUGUCCCAAAACUAGUGAAUCAAACGUCACACCACGAUAGAGUAGCUCAAUGACACCAACAUUAGUUGAGCAAAAAUGUA